UAAUUGCACGGGAACUACAGACCGGGCUACCAUGGUUUCCAUUGUUCUGUGGAGUUUUGCUUUUGGRAUGACGUCAUUUGCAAUCGUGAUGGGCAACUGUUUYACCAUCGCCGUCUUUGUCACCAGCAAGAAGCUUGUGCGCAUGCGUGCUUGUUACUUUCUUGUGAGUCUGGCAGUAGCUGACAUGAUGAUAGGUGUUAUUACUGUUCCAAUGUACAUAAUUUUCCUUAAUUACCACCUGACGAAUAGAGACUAUCAGACYGUCUAUACUGCUGUGGAUAUCGCUUCAGGGUUUGCUUCAGUCUUUACGUUAACUGCUAUUGCCUUGGAACGACUGUACGCUUUCCUGUUCCCACUGAAAUACCGGGCCACACAAUCAACAAGAACCUAURUAGGACUAGUAAUGAUAUUAUGGUCCAUGUCAGCGGUAAUCACCASUCUGCACAUGCUUUAUCGAUAUCAAGUGAUUCAAUUUCAUCAUUUCUUUUACAUCAUGUUCAGCUGUUUAUCAAUCUGCCUCGUUAUCAUGUGUGCAUCGUACGUGGGGAUUUGGGUUAAAGUUCACUACCACUAUCGGCAAAACCACAGGAAUCCCGAGAGGAAGUUUGCGCGCAUAAUWUUCAUCGUUACAACUUUGUUCAUUUUUACUUGGCUGCCGUUCCAUCUUCUUAACAUCAUCAACUAUUUCUGUGACUCUUGCAUCAAGCAUCACUUGCCAAUCAAUUUUCUGUUCUUUUGCAAGCUGCUACAAUACGCCAAUUCAUUCAUCAAUCCCAUCAUUUACACAUUUCAAAUGCCAGAAUUUAAAAUCACACUGAUUAAGAUGCUCUGUAAAUUGCAGCCAAUCAGAGCUGAUGAAUCUCGUAGAGUGGAGGAAAUUCCACUGGAUAAAAUCGAAGAUUACCAUGGAAACAAACACUAACACGUUAUAAUAGCUUCCCAAACUCGAUAAUUAACAUAAUCGUGAAAAUAAAACCAUAAUUACAGCACUAAUUAAAGGAUAAUUUGAGGGYUUUUUCCACAGGUAAAACCGAAUGUGGCAUGGCUACCAAAAUCAAUUGACCUGUAUUCGAAUAAUUUACSAAAUAGCACGACAAAUUUGGUGUUAAAAUGGUUGCACAAAUUGAAAUAAAAAAAUUCAAAAAAAAAAUGUGUUCCUCGAGGUACCUUCGAAAUGCUUCUUCUGUUGAAUAUCAGUGUUUUCUUCUAGCGACGAUGUCCCGGUUUUUGCAGGUUGUCUGGCUUUUUGGCGGCCGUCAUUCAAUGUUAAUAUCGUUUGUGGAUGACU